UAGGCUCCUCCCCCGCGGAAGGGGCCUAGUGUUAGAUGACUCGUUAGCCUCGGAGGCUAAGCCGCUAACCGCGCUCCAAGCGCAGACAGAGGGAGCCCCAGAACCGCUAAACGGAUGUCUCAUCUCCGUUCCCCGUGCGCGUCUUUCUUGCUUAGCUACCAUGAAUCGGCCGCUGUGAACCUUCUCCCCCGGAACCCGAGCCUAGGAUCUGACACGACCUUCCGCGCUCCCGGCCGCCAAAUCAGGUGUGAAUGACUGACGUGGUGCCGCCCACUGCGUUUAGCGAAAUCAAACUCCGCCUCCUGUGCCAAGAUGACAUAGACAGUGUUAAAGUGCUGUGUGGUGACUGGUUCCCCAUCGAGUACCCCGACUCGUGGUAUCAUGACAUCACCUCGAACAAGAAGUUCUUUUCCCUGGCUGCGACUUUCAAAGGCGGCAUCGUGGGGAUGAUCGUGGCUGAAAUAAAGGGCAGAACAAAAGUGCACAAAGAGGAUGGAGACAUUCUGGCCUCCAGCUUUCCUGUUGACACUCAGGUCGCCUACAUUCUGAGCUUGGGAGUGGUGAAGGAGUUCCGAAAACACGGAAUAGGCUCCCUGUUGCUGGACAGUCUGAAGGAGCACAUUUCCACUACGGCGCAGGACCACUGCAAGGCCAUCUAUCUGCACGUGCUCACCACCAACCUCACAGCCAUCCACUUCUACGAGAACAGAGACUUUAAGCAGCAUCACUAUCUGCCCUAUUAUUACUCCAUCCGAGGGGUGCUGAAGGACGGCUUCACCUACGUCCUCUACAUCAACGGCGGACAUCCGCCCUGGACCAUCUUUGAUUAUAUUCAUCAUAUAGGAUCAGCGUUGGCCAGCUUAAGCCCAUGUUCCAUUCCACAGAGGAUCUACAGGCAAGCACAGAGUCUCCUGCGCAGCUUCCUGCCGUGGUCCAGCAUCUCGUCCAAGAGCGGCAUCGAGUACAGCAGAACCAUGUGAAGGACAGGACACUUUCCGCCUUACCAGCCCGACCCCUGAACCUGGACGCCGCUGAUUUUUACGCAGAAUCCGGUUCAGGCCUUGUGUAAUAUCUGUAUAUAAUAUAUUCUCACAAUUAAUAUAUGCAUCGUCCCACUUUAUCCCUUUUUCUCCUCCGCCUGUAAUUUCGCUGCUACGUACAAAAUGUUUUACAGUUUGCUUGUAUUUUUAAUAAUUCCUAUGUGUGCACAAGGUCCGGGUGCCGGUCCUGCACGUGUCGAGACGUGUUGCACAUGACGCACUCGUCCGGUUUUUAUUUUGUUUGUUUUUUUAUUAUUAAUGCUUUUGUUCAUAGUUUUAAUUGAUGGUUUUAAUCCGCAGCGACGCUGCUGUAAUGUCUUUUCUCAGCUGUUUUUAAAACCGAUUCUGAAACAAUCACAUUCGUGUGUUUUGUUUUUAUAUGCGCAUUAGACCACGAAUGCGACGGGUAGUUUACACGUGCGUCACGUGAUGCAACUUGGAGAAUUCAGUCCAUUUCAAUCCAGGGUCAAGAUUUCUACAUUGAGAACAGAUGCGACGCUUGUUUUAGUCCCCAUGAACUACGCUUUUGUUUUAUUUUCCACACAAUUGUGUUGCAUUUAAAGUCACUUUUUUAAAACCCAGGCUUGUUCUGAACUUUUAGGUCGAAACCUGAAAUCUUACUGAGAUGUUUUUUUUUUUUCUUUGAGCUCCGGUGGAAACGAUCAGGCGUCAAAUAACACGAUCGGUGAAUUGAACUUCCUGUUUCGGGUUCCUCUGGCAGGAAGACCAUGUGGUGUGUAGAAGAGAUGAUGAUGCUCCAUAUAAGGACACAAACAUAUUUUCUUUCACACAUGAACAAGCAGACUGGAGUUCUGAACGUUUUACGUUAAAAAAUUAAAAAGGUCACAAAGUUACAAAUAAAACACUAAAUAUAACAUAGACAUAAUAUCUAAAUAAUGAUAGUGAUCAUGAAGCAUUUAAGCGAUCAAACUUAAUUGUUUAAAUUAAAAAUAAAAUUAGUGCUAAUAAGUUUUCAGUCCCAAGUAAAAAUUCAACCAAUUGUUUUGUUUUAAAAGUUCAGGCAUAUCCUGUUAGAAAACAACAAUCCAAAACAUAACACGACAGGAUAAUACAAUCGAGAAAACACGACUGAUGAAUUGACGAAUUAGGGUUGUAAUUAUUAUGGGAUGUUCAUAUCGAAUGAAUUGAUAUCAGUCAGGAUCGUCACGCUCAAAUCUGAACACACCAAAAAUGCCCUUUUGUGCUCCUUGAUGUUUUGUGCUCCUUGAUUAUAUCUUUUUUCACUUUAGGGUGCACAAACUUUUACUCUCAUCUCUAUUGAAAGCGUGAAUGCAAAUUUAAAAGAAAGAAAAAAGGAAAGAGAAAUCGUGCGUGACCACACUGUCUGAGUGUGAAGUGAUUUGCGUGAAAAAACGGUGCGAAUUUGUUUCCAGAUCACCGAACAGCAGAUUGCACUCGUUCUCCUUUCCUCCGGCAGUAAGCGGAAAUCUGUUUAUUUAGUUGAUAAUUGAUAGUUAAAUGCAAAUUCAAAUAAAUACUAAAUCCCCACGUGAUUUUUUUUUUUUUGCGUGCAUGAAGCCCUGCGUGUGUAACAGCGCCCACUACUGUUCAGGAUUUGUAAUGACCCAGCUGUGAGAUGUUCUUCAUUGGAGCAUCAGUUCUGCUUGUUGAUCAGUAGAAAGUCGUUCCUCAGGUGUCGCUGCAUUUCUUUUGUCUCCAGUCGAAAUUUUACCACUUUUUUUUUUUUUUUUUUUUUUAAAUCUGUGUAUCCAUGCAGAAGUACAUUUCAAGAUGAUGUGAGAUGUGUGUGAAAGAGAGAACAUGAGGAAAAUAAAAGAGAUGAAAAGAGAA